UUUUCAAUUUCAAAACCCAAGACUGAAACUCUUUUAAUGUCCUUCCCCUUUCAACUUCACUCACAGUCUUUUUGCUUAUGAAUGUCUCUCCAUUCUUACUCUAUAUCAUAACUUAACUCUCCAUAUUUCUCUUCACUACACCAACUUCUAGUAUAGCCAUUAAUACCAACUCUAUAUUGUGGAAAUCAGCUAUGUCUAUGGUAGAGGUGAGAGUUCCAAACCUUGACUGUGAGGGUUGUGCUUCAAAGUUGAAGAAAGCUCUCCUCAAGCUCAAAGGAGCAGAAGAAGUGGAAAUAGAAAUGGAAAUACAGAAAAUUACGGUGAGAGGUUAUGCGUUGGAUGAAAAGAAGGUGUUAAAAGCUAUUAAACGGGCAGGGAAAGCAGCAGAGCCAUGGCCAUUUCCUGGAUACUCUCAUUUUGCUUCGUUUUAUAAAUAUCCAACUUUUAUAGCAAACCAUUACUACGAUAGUUACAGAAAUGUAGCUUCAAAUGGUGUUCACACUUUCUUCCAUACUCCUGCAGUUUAUUCUGUUGCUGUGGCUUCCGAUGAGGCUAUUGCUUCCCUUUUCAGCGAUGAUAAUCCACAUGCUUGCACUAUUAUGCAUCCACCGCCACCUGUAGGGUGUAUAAUAACAACUAGUAAUCUGGUUUCCCUUUUAAAAAAGGCCAUUGAUUUCCAAAAUUUCAUUUCAUUUUUUCCUCUUUUUAUAAACUUCCUUCGAAGUUCAUAUUAUUUUCCUCUUCUAAUGGCUCAGCAGAAGGUGGUUUUGAAGGUGUUGAUCAUGACUGAUGAAAAGACUAAGCAGAAGGCAAUAGAAGCUGCUGCUGAUAUUUAUGGAGUUGAUUCGAUUGCUGCGGAACUGAAAGAUCAAAAGCUAACAGUGAUAGGACAGAUGGAUACAGUGGCAGUGGCAAAGAAGUUGAAGAAAGUAGGGAAAGUAGAGAUAAUAUCAGUUGGGCCUGCUAAAGAAGAAAAGAAAGAAGAGAAAAAAGAAGAGAAGAAAGAGGAAAAGAAAGAAGAAAAGAAGGAAGAAAAGAAAGAAGAGAAGAAAGAAGAGAAAAAGUAAUGAUCAAUUCAACCACAAAAUUCUCUCCCUGCAAUACAAUCCUGCAUCAUCAUCAUCAUCAUCUUUCUGCUUAAAAAUGGAAAAAGGUUUUUCCAUUUUAAUUAAUUAAAUUUCUUGAUUUUCUUAACUGUGAUUUUGAAGAAUCUAUGCUGUACCAAAUAUAUUUCAGCAAAUAGUACAAGAAGGUUAGUGCGAGACUGCUGUGUCCUACUGUCCUGCAUGUUUUCACAUGCUCUCUUCUACUGUGCCUUUGUCCAUUUUCACUUUUUCUUUUUCUUUUUUUUUAGCAACAUAUAUUUAAAGAAUUUAUCCUUUUUA